AAGAGAUAGUGAAGGAGAGGGGAAUCCGAACGGCAAGUAUAUACCUAUCGAUAUAAUUAUACCUUUGAUGUAAUCUCCAUUUAUCUUCACUUUAAUCCUCUAUCUUGCCUAGUUUUCUUGGAACGCCAUUUUGCAUUUUCUUUGCCAGACGCAGGCCUUCCCUUUCUCUGCUCAUUUCUCGUAUUCAUCUCCCACAAGGUUCAAUCCGUCAUGGCUUCGAUCAUGGUUUCGUGGUCUCCUAGCUCUCCCCAGCUCCGAUUAGCUUUGAAAUGUGGGAAUCGGAGGAAAUUCCCGGCAAUUUUACAGUCACGAGUGGGGAAGUGGGACCGUCGGUUUCGCGUGCUGUGUGUUGCUCAAGAUGGAGGGGCUAAUGGGAAUGGAUUGGAGAGGGCUCCUAGAGAGGGUUCGUGGGUCGCGAAGGAUUCGAAGGUUGACAGCUUCUCUGGGUGGUCCAAUUCGGGGGGUGAAGAACAGUCUGCCAAUUCUCACAAGGCGUCAUACGGAGCAGUUGUGGGAGCAGGAGUUGCUGGAGUUCUUCUUCUUACAGGGUUGACCUUUGCAGCAUUUUCUGUCAGUAAGCAAAAUAUUUCCAGAUCAAAGCAGAAACAAAUGGAGCCUCUGACAGUACAGCAGGAGGUGGCUUUGACUUCUGAUGAUCACAAUAAUAAAGUUAUGGAACAUGUAAAUGCAAACAACAAAGUGGAACAAGAAAAUGGCAACACAGAAGAUCAAAUAGAUAUCUCCAGGGAUUGUAUAGCUCCUGAGUCUGGUCAGAUUCCUAGCAACAUUGGAACUGCUGAUGAUUCUGAUUCAGGUUCCCAAUUGUUAUAUGAUCAUGAAAAGUCUGUCAAUGGUAUUGAUGCCACUACUAAUGCAUCAACUCAAGAAGUUUUGCCACAUGAGCCAGAUUUUGACAAUGACUUAGCUGUCCCCGUUGCCAAUCCUGGGCCAGUUAACCUUUCUGAAUCAGAAAAAGCUGUUCACUCUUCUAAUCAGUUUGGACGUCAAGACUUGGAUAGCAACCAUGCUAUAGAUUCUGCAGUAUCAACUGCUGAACUUGAAGAAAGCCCACUCAAUGUUGAACCAGGGAACAGCUAUGAUGCUGAUUCAAUACCCCUCAAUAUGGAGCAGAAGGAUAAACUGACUAGCUCAAGUGGCAGUGGAAGUUCCACAUUUCCAAAUAGUUCUAGUUCCAUUGCUGAACUACCCAAUAAUAGCGACAUUGUUAAUGUUGCGGUCAAUACACAUACAAAUACCAUUCCAGAUCCUGAAUUUUUUCCUCAAAAUGAUAUAGAGAACUUGAACAAAAUGCUACAGGUCACAGCUGAUGAAAAUGAGUCAUCGUUGCAAGAGCAGAUUUCUGACAAGGAUCUGGAUAGGGACAGUUAUAUUAAGACAAAUAGAAUUCAAUCUGAACCUCCUAAUUCUGGAGUCUUUUUCUGUUCUCCGGGUAUUCCUGCUCCAUCAAUAGUUUCAGCAGCUGUGCCUGUGCCUCCUGGAAAGGUUCUAGUUCCUGCAGCUGUUGAUCAAUUUCAGGGCCAAGCACUUGCAGCAUUGCAAGCAUUAAAGGUCAUUGAACCUUAUGUUCAAGCCAGUGAAUUAUGCACACGUCGUGAAUAUGCUCGUUGGUUGGUCUCUGCUAGCAGUGUCCUUUCAAGGAGCACAAUUUCAAAAGUCUAUCCUGCCAUGUAUAUAGAGAAUGUUACUGAGCUUGCUUUUGAUGAUAUCACUCCUGAAGACCCUGAUUUUUCUUCUAUACAAGGCUUGGCAGAAGCUGGACUGAUUGAAAGCAGGCUUUCAAGGUUGGAUACACAGUUAUCCGCAGAUGAAGGCCAGAGCCCGUUUUGCUUCUCACCUGAAAGCCCAUUAUCACGCCAGGAUCUUGUUAGCUGGAAAAGGGCCCUGGAGAAGAGACAACUUCCUGAAGCUGACAGAAAGACUCUGUACCAAAUUUCUGGGUUUAUAGACACUGACAAGAUACAUGUUGAUGCAUGCCCUGCGCUUGUAGCUGACAUAUCUGCUGGGGAGCAAGGAAUAAUAGCUCUUGCAUUUGGUUAUACACGGCUGUUCCAGCCAGAUAAGCCAGUAACAAAAGCCCAAGCGGCUGUUGCCCUUGCAACAGGAGAUGCUUGUGACAUAGUUAGUGAAGAGCUUGCACGAAUUGAAGCAGAAUCUAUAGCUGAAAAUGCUGUUGCAGCUCAUAGUGCUUUGGUAGCUGAAGUUGAGAAGGAUAUCAAUGCAAGUUUUGAACAGGAGCUUUCUUUUGAGAGGGAGAAGAUUAAUGCUGUUGAAAGAAUGGCUGAAGAGGCAGCACGAGAGUUGGAAAGGUUAAGAGCUGAGAGAGAAGAAGAAAAUAAUGCCUUGAUGAAGGAGCGCACUGCUAUUGAAUCAGAAAUGGAGGUUUACUCAAGGCUAAGAAAUGAGGUUGAGGAUCAGUUACAGAGUCUUAUGAAUGAUAAGGUGGCAAUAGCAUAUGAAAAAGAAAGGGUUAUCAAGCUUCGUGAGCAAAAAGAAGUUGAAAACAAGGAGAUUGCCCGAUUACAAUAUGAACUAGAGGUGGAACGAAAAGCCUUGUCCAUGGCCAGGACUUGGGCAGAGGAUGAGGCCAAACGAGUAAGGGAACAUGCAAGAGCCUUGGAAGAGGCUCGGGAACGUUGGGAGAGGCACGGCAUUAAAGUGGUUGUUGAUGAUGAUCUCCGCAAAGAGGCCUCUGCUGACGUUACAUGGCUCAAUGCAGGAAAGCAAUUUUCAGUUGAAGAAACAGUUGACAGGGCUGAGAACUUACUGGACAAACUUAAAAAAAUGGCAGCUGAUGUUGGAGGGAAAUCUAGAGGUGUAAUUGAAAGGAUUGUCCACAUGAUUUCUCUUUUUUUGUCAAACUUGAAGCAAUGGGCAUCCAAAACUGGGAAACAAGCUGAAGAAUUAGGAGAAGUUGCUGUUGCCAAGGCAGCCAAGUCAGUGCAAGAGUUGCAGCAAAGUGCGGUCGAAUUUGGAUUUUCUGUGAAAGAAGGGGCAAAGCGAGUUGCUGGAGAUUGGAGGGAGGGGGUUGAGAAACUAACCCAAAAGUUCAAGACAUAAUUUUUAAUUUUCACCUACAACAAUAGUUACUAGAAAUAGCCGCAAGCCAGUGAUGUACCUUUUAUCUACUUAGUCGAUGGUGGGUAUACCUUGUGUACCAGACAUGGCCCCUGGAAAAUUGACGGCUCUAAUUCUAAAGAACUGCCGCUGGUAAGUUCACAAGUUCUUGUGAUGCCUUGUAUAAUUGAGAGUAGGGGGAAAUCAAGUGUAACAAUAAUCUCAUGUAUUUUGACGGUGUCUUUCGGCAUUGCAGCACAUAUCAUUGGGGGAUUUUCUGUACCAAAUCUUUACCAUGUAAAGAACACUAGUCCAUAGUUUCAAAAUAAUAAAACCCCAAACGUUGUCCUGCCAA